ACCCACGCUGUGCGAUGCACACCGACUCGGUCUCUGACAGAGACAGCAGCCUGCGAAGCGUGCGAGUCGGCCUGCUUUCCGUCCGCCGCUGCCUGCCGGAGCGUGUAAGACGCACCUUGGAGGCGCGGCACCGCCUGCUGCUCGAGGAGAGGCAGCACUCCCGCGGCACGAAGGUAGACUUCCCAGCGCGGCCGUCUCUUGAGCGGCGCUCCUUCGACGAGAGAGACAGCGCCGUGCCGCUGGGCCGGUUGCUGCCGCUCCCAAUCACGCGCCAGGCGACGAGCGACCCGGGCGGCGCCGAUCCCGCUCUCUCCCGCGGCGCAUCGACGGCGCUGGCGCGGCUUCGUACGACUGAAGAGCCGUAUGAGCUCACGUUUCGCGACUGCAGCUACGAGGUGCGCGUGCCGUCGCGCGAAGGGACGGCCUGCGGCUGCGACCGCUCGGUCUGCAAGCCGAUCCUCCACGCAGUGUCCGGCUCCGUGGCGGCCGGCAAGGUGCUAGCCGUGCUCGGCCCGUCCGGCGCCGGCAAGACCACCCUGCUCUCGAUGCUCACGCUCGAGCGGCGUGGCGGCGUCGGCGUCGGCGACAUAGCGCUGGGCGGUCAGCCGCUGACGACUGAGGCGUACAGGCGGCACUGCGCUGUCGUGCAGCAGCAGGACCACCACUGGGCGUGCCUAUCUGCUCGCGACCACCUGCGGUACGCGCUGCAACUGCGACCGGCCUGGUCGGCUGCCAGCACACGCGAGCAGGGCGGGGGGGGGCUCUCCUCGGGGCAGCGGCGGCGCCUCUCUCUCGCGAUCGCGCUGACCAAGCAGCCGUCGAUGAUCUUCCUCGACGAGCCGACGUCGGGGCUCGACUCGGCGGCCGCCGCCAAGAUCAUGCACUUCCUCAAGGUGACGGCCAAGCAGACCAACAUCCCGAUCCUGUGCACGAUCCACCAGCCGUCCGCCUCCGUCUACGAGGGCUUCGACGACGUGCUCGUCCUCGCGGCGGGCCGCGUCGCCUACUUCGGCGCCGCCGCGCAGAUGGGCCCGCCCUGA